UCGGGUGAGGAGCAGAGUUUGUCUGAGGUGGAGAUGAGUCCAGGUGUGUCGGAGGACGGUCAUUCCAUGUCACCUGGCCAUUCGUCGGGAGUGGCUGGGGGAGGAGAUUCACCAGUGCCCGGGCAACAGACUCAGAUGUCCGGUGUUGGCGAAGAGGCCGGCGGGUUGAAAGCCGGCGUGAGUGUCAAGUCGGACGAAGAUGACGACCGCUUCCCAAUCGGUAUCCGAGAGGCGGUGAGCCAGGUGCUGAACGGCUACGACUGGACGCUCGUGCCCAUGCCCGUGCGCGUGAACUCGGGCAGCAAGAGCAAGCCGCACGUGAAAAGGCCCAUGAAUGCCUUCAUGGUUUGGGCGCAGGCCGCCAGACGGAAACUGGCCGACCAGUACCCCCACCUACACAACGCAGAACUUAGCAAAACACUGGGGAAGCUAUGGAGGUUGCUGAACGAGAACGAUAAAAGGCCUUUCAUCGAGGAGGCCGAGCGUUUGCGGAAGCAGCAUAAGAAGGACUACCCCGAGUACAAGUACCAGCCGCGACGCCGCAAGAACGGCAAACCGGGCUCCGGGUCUGAAGCUGACGCCCAUUCGGAGGGUGAGGUCAGCCACAGCCAAUCGCACUACAAGAGCCUCCACCUGGAAGUGGCGCACGCAGGGGGGGCGGGGUCUCCCCUGGCGGAUGGGCACCACCCUCACGCUGCAGGUCAGAGUCACAGCCCCCCAACACCCCCCACCACCCCAAAAACCGAACUCCAGGCGGGCAAAUCCGGCGACGGCAAGCGAGAGGGAGGCUCCGCCUCUGUCUCUGGUUCUGGGGCGGGUAAACCGCACAUCGACUUUGGCAACGUGGACAUCGGCGAGAUAAGCCACGAGGUGAUGGCCAACAUGGAACCCUUCGACGUCAACGAGUUCGACCAGUACCUGCCGCCCAACGGACACCCGGGCGUGGGUCAAACUUCAGGAGCGUCUGGGGCGGGCUCCUCCGCCUCCCCGUACGCGUACGGCAUCUCCUCAGCGCUAGCGGCAGCUAGCGGACACUCGGCGGCGUGGCUGUCCAAACAGCAGCACCAGCCUCAACAGCACCACACGGGCGCCACCUCGGCUCUGGGGUCGGACCCAGCCAAGGCCCAGAUUAAGUCAGAGAGUGGGCCUGGGGCCCAUUUCUCCAGCGAGGCUUCCCACGUCACCUACACCCCGCUCAGCCUGCCUCACUACAGCUCCGCCUUCCCCUCACUGGCCUCGCGCGCUCAGUUCGCCGACUACGCCGACCACCAGGCCUCUGGCUCCUACUACACCCACUCUGGGCAAGCCUCCAGCCUCUACUCCGCCUUCUCCUACAUGGGCCCCUCCCAAAGGCCCCUGUACACGGCCAUCACUGACCCUGCCAGCGUGCCCCAGUCACACAGCCCGACGCACUGGGAGCAACCAGUCUACACCACCCUGUCACGCCCAUAA